AGCAUUGAGUUUUUUGGCGUGUAAAUUGUAAUAAUAAACAUAUCGGCGGCUUUAAUGGCACGACGACAGCUCUCGCAGUCUCAGAUUGGGAAAAGACGAUUUAACUCGUUUGUUAGGAUUAUAAACUUACAUUUGAUUAUUCAAGAUGACACACAAUGAAGAAAGAUCACAUUGGCUCAAAGAAGGUGCUAUAGGAAUAAGCGUGGGUGUCCUGUACGGGACCACCAGUGUCCUUGUCGGACAUCCCCUGGACACCAUCAAAACCAAGAUGCAGGCGCAGUCCGGCUAUGAGGGCACCAACAUGUUCAAGACACUGCUGAAGACACUGAGAACUCAAGGGAUCAUUGGACUUUACAGAGGGUCAAUACCAGUGUUGUGGGGGUCCGGUAUCUACAGAUCAACACAAUUUGGUGUCUUUGAAUCUGUGUAUACAUUUCUUGAUAAUCCGACAUGUAAACGAGAAAUACCCCUUACUGCUGGAUUACAGAUACGUGUAGUUUUAGCCGGAUUAUGUGGAUCUACGGCCCGUGCAAUUAUUGAGUGCCCUUUGGAACUAGCAAAAAUAAGGAGGCAAACACAACAAACAUGGUCAUUCAGAGGACUUUACAAGGGUUUUGGAGUGACUUGGUGCAGGACGCUAGGAUUGAUGACAACCUACUUCAUCCUCAUUGACACACAACGGAGGCACUUCCCACAAAUCUUUGAACAACGUAUGAUCGGUCCUUUCCUCGUCUCGGGGACAGCAGCAACUCUGUCUUGGUGGAUUGUCUGGCCUCUAGAAUACAUGAAAUCUCAGGUUCAAGGAAAUUAUGGAAAGGAGAUGUCGACACUGCAGAGGAUGCGCCUUGUGGUCAGAGAACGUGGUGGAUUCCUCGCUCUCUACCGUGGGAUUGGACCGGGCACCCUACGCAGCUUCAUCUCGAAUGGCACGAGUAUGGUCGUCAUGGCGAACGCGCAGAAGAAGGUCUCGGAAUGGGGUUUGAGGGACAGCUGAUGACCGGUCCAAGGUCCACAAGUCUUUGAGUCUUUCCAUGCAGAUUUUGCUGAAAUAUCACAAUGCUGCUCAUCAGAGGGACCCUUAACCAGCGAUCUCUUCAAUAGUUCAGUACAAGUUAUUCUGAUCUACAGAAUAGCAAACAUCCAUGUAGCUGAACUUAUUUGGCCAUAUUUCAAUUAUGUCUACGUUGUCGGUCCACUUGAUGUGAGGGGUCAGUUUAAUAGCCAUAUGUUCUAAAUGCAGUUGGUCUAAUUCACAGAACGUCCAAUAACAUUAUUGGGGAACUCAUUUGGUCCAAUAGCAUUUUAUUCUUAGUAGUUGACCCACAUCCAUUUGAUGAGAUGGUCAGUUUAUAGUCAUGCUGCAUAUGUAUCCUAAUAGGUGUUGGUCUAAUUCCAAGAAUGUUCAACACUGUUAUUGCUGAGCUCAUUUCGUCAAUUAUCUAAUUGCUCUUAAUGCCACUUGGUUAUUUUUUCCCAUUUUAUCCUCAUUUCCCCCAUUUGUCUGAAAAUUUUAUCUAUUACCAAUUCACAGAUUUAUUCAAAGACCCAGACUGAAGCAAAACGUGAUGUUGAUCAAUAUUACAUAAAUCAAAAGCUUAUAAGCUUUGAAGCACAGCAAUGCAAUUUCCAUGCAUUUUCACUGUUUGCCAGCUGAAUAUUUUGCUUGAGAAAAACUCAAAAAAGCAGGUCACAGGUUUGUGCAUUUAAAAAAAAGAAGAUUUUUUUAAAAGAUUUUUUAAAAGAUUUUUUAAAAGAUAUUUUGUGCAGAGUUGCUUAUUUGAUGCAGCUCUCCAUUCCUACCUCAAUUCAUAUUAUGUGUAACAUUUUUUUCCUUUACAUAGUUAUCAUGAACAAUCAAGAGCUAAAGAAGGAAAUCACAAAAAACAUGGUCAGGAGCUACUCUUCUUCCAUCUAAGCAAAAAUACUGUCAGUGUCAUUUUCCCCUGCAAAUUGUUGUGUUUUUUAAUGGAAUUUGUAAUAUGCAAAUCAAGAAAAUUAUUGACCUAUUUUAUAUACACAAUAUAAAGCAAGUAAUACAACUGCAUAGAGUCUGUAAUAGCAGUAAUUUUACAAAAAAAACCUGGCUGAGGAUGGGCAUCCCUCACAAAUGCACUUCUAACAUCACAAAAUCAUGGUAUUGUAAAAAUGGCGCAUGCUUUUAUUAUAACAAUAUUAUUACUUUAUUAUUACAAAAAGAUAAUUGAAAUUGAGUAGUGAUGAAAUUAGAUAAUGCUACCUCAUGCAGAGAAAGAAAGGAAAUGGCUAUAAACAACCAAACAAUAUUUGAGAUGAAAUAGUAUCUGGAUAUCUGUGAAUCAUUUCAACAAGUUUUAUCUCUUCCAACCCAAUCCAAGAAUUUGUAGAAGGCCAACAUCUAGUUGCCUUAUCUAGGGCACCAAUGAGACUAAAAUAACACCAAAGAUGUAUGUUCAUGAUUCUUGUAACAGCCUCUUAAGUUUACGGUUCUAUUAUUCCCAUCCCAUCCCCCCCCCCCUUCCCCUCUUCGACCCCUGCCCCUCCCAUCCCUACUGCUAGAAGAACUUUUCAGGUUACAUAUACUGAGCCUCCAACCCCAAGCACCUGCUGAUCUGGAAAUUCUCCCACCUGGAUCCCCAAGCAAACUGGAGACUUCAACUUGAUUUGCGGGAAGCGCACAUCACGAGCGCGAAGUCCCUUGCGGUCGGGGUGUAGCUCUAGGGUCCCAGAUGCUCUCCCGUGCUAUCUCGGGCUUAUUUCCAAUAUAUGAUGACUCUAAGUAAAUGAUUUUAUGAAUCAAAUCAUAUAUUUUGGCUUUAUAAAACUUCUUUUCAUAUAUCAUUCCUUCAUGCAUGCAUAUUGAAAUUGAUAAGCAUUUACAAAACCAUACAUUUUUGCAAUAUCUUUAUUUUGUAUCAACUAGUAUUAAGACAUAUUAAAUACUACCUCACCUUAAAGGAGAAUGAAACCCUUGAAACCAGCUGAAUCCAUAUCAAAGAGAAAAAUCUAAGAAACAUAUUGUUCAAAGUUUGAGGAAGAUUGAAUGAAUAAUAAGAAAGUUAUGAGCAUUUGAAUAUUGAGAUCACUAGUGCCAUGUAGAUCCUCCUAUCGGCAAUGCGACCAAGAUCUGUGAUAUAACAAACGUACAACUCCCUCAUUACUUUAAUACUUAUUUCACUUAUAUUCUCAUUUUUAUAGAGUCUAUCACAAGGUGAGGUGUUCUCUUUAUGAGAUGACAAGUACAGAGGUUUCACAACAUUAUAUCAUUGAUGAAUCGUUUGUCAUAUGAUUAGAAUGAGCAAAAAGAGAUGUUUUGGGGUAUAUUUUCAGUGUCCAAAUGGGAGAGUUGUACGCGUGUGACAUCACAGAUCUUGGUCGCAUUGCCAAUGGGAGGAUCUCCAUAGCAUUAGUGAUCUCGACAUUCAAAUGCUCAUAACUCUUUAUUGCUAGUCCUAUUUUACUCAAAGUUUUGUUGAUCUUAUUCUUUGAUUUUUCUGCUUUCACAAAAGCUAACUUGCUCCAAGAGUUUCAUUCUCCUUUAAAUUGACAUUCCAUAUCCAUCUUGUCUCAUCUGCAUGGGGCCUGAAAGAGGGAGAGUUGGAGUCUCUGCAUAUAUUCCAAAAGUUUAUAUCGUGCAAUUUUUCUUUUGGACAAUUACAUUUGGGUGUGACUAUAAACACCAUAUGUGUGUUAAAUAUCUUAUUCUUUGACAUAUGAAAACAAGUUAAAUAUCAAUUUGUUGACUUCCUCUUUUAAAACGAAUGGCAAAAGAGAAGAAAAUGAAUAGAUAAAACUAUCAUCAUUGUAUACAAAAGAGUGAUAUAGGUAUUUAUUUAGAAUAGACUGUGGAUUUCUGAGCUUUUGAAAUGUUAUUAUUUUAUGAAUCUGAGAUGUAAAUAAGAUAUAAAGUUAUAUUUUUGGAAUGGCAAAUAAGAGGUUCAGUUUUUGAUGACUUGUAUGAUUAUUGUGUGUGUUCUACAUUCCCCUCAUUGAUUAUUUGAUAUAUGCAAGAGAGUGUAAAUUCUUGCAUGAUACCUUCACAAUAUUGCAUAUUAAAAUAGUGUGCCUAAUUUUCUAUGAAAGAUACUAUUUAGUUCUGUUCCUUUUUGUGUAUUGGUAAACAAUUCUCUCAAAGUAAUGUGGAAGUUGUUUAAUUAAUGCAUUAAAGAUAAAUGGCAGUUCUGCUAAUGAUUUCAAAAGAGAUCUUAGAGAAUCC